CUUCGCUUUGCAAAAAGCCACAGAGUUGGGUCGAUCACGGAGACCUGGGGCUGCUCCUUCUCACAGGAACCUUGGAUUCCCUCAUGGACCAGCCAGGAGCUCCGUGCUGCAACGCUGCCAGGCUGCUGAGAUGAAAAUGGGCUUCCCUGCAUGGCUUCUCACCCAUGGAUGGAAAUGAUUUGGGGUCUGCCUUCAUGCCAGUUAACACUUCUUGACGCUCUGUCCGUGCAAGACUGACAAUAAAUAACCCUCUCGAGCGCUGUGGAGAGAUGGAAACUGCAGCUGAGGAAUGAUUUUGGGGAGAGGAAGACAGAAAAGCACAAGCAAACUGUUAUGGAGGUGCAAAUACUCUUCUAAAGGAUUCGGCAAAUGCACCAGUUUAGUGCCCCCACAGGGAACAUCUUUGCUGAUCUGCAGGACCAUCUCUCCUGGCCAUGGAUAAGUUCACAAACGGGCAGCCAGGCCCAGCUCAGAGGAACAGGCUCAUAGGAUUGCUGGAAACAGAUGACAGCAUCCAGGAAGAUAAACCUGCCCCGAGUAAAAAAGAAGAAAGGUCAGGACAUGGAAGGAAAGGAGAGCCACAACCCUUGGAGACACCUUAUCAGAAGGAGAGCAGUGACUUUGCUCCUAAAAUCAAGGUUAAUCUGAAUUAUCGGCCAGGACUCGUCAGCAACCAGAAGGAGCCGAAUCGCUUUGACAGGGACCGGCUGUUCAGCGCCGUGGUCAGGGGCAGCCCCGAGGCUCUGGAUGGUUUGCUGGAGUACUUAAGGAGGAACUCCAAAUUCCUCACCAAUUCCGAGUACACAGAUGCAAAGACUGGGAAGACCUGCUUAAUGAAAGCCCUGCUGAACUUAAAAAAUGGGAAGAAUGACACAAUCCCAGUCUUGCUGGAAAUAGACCAAAAGACACAGAACCCCAGGCCACUUGUCAACGUGUCGUGCUCUGACUGCUUCUACAGAGGCCAGACCGCCCUGCACAUCGCCAUCGAGAAAAGGAGCCUGGAGAUGGUGAAACUGCUGGUGGAGAACGGAGCUGAUGUCCACGCCAGAGCCCACGGGGAGUUCUUCAGGAAGAAGAAAGAAGGAGUUUACUUUUAUUUUGGUGAACUUCCCCUCUCCUUGGCUGCCUGCACCAACCAGCUGGAUGUGGUGGAUUAUCUUUUGAACAACCCCCACCAGAAAGCCAGGCUGCAGGAGCAGGACACCCAGGGCAACACCGUCCUGCACGCCCUGGUGAUGAUUGCAGAUGACACCGAGGAGAACACCAAGUUUGUGAGCACCACCUACGUGGAGAUCCUGAAGGCGGGCGUGAAGCUCGACCCCACGUGCAAACUGGAGGAGAUUGUCAAUUAUGAUGGCUUAAAUCCCCUGCAGCUUGCUGCCAAGACAGGCAAGGUGGAGAUCUUCAGGCACAUCAUCCAGAGGGAGAUCAAGGACCCCCCGUACCGGCACCUGUCCCGCAAGUUCACCGAGUGGACCUACGGCCCCAUCCACGUGUCCCUCUACGACCUGUCCUCCCUGGACAGCUUUGAGGAGAACUCCGUGCUGGAGAUCCUGGCCUACAGCAGUGACACCCCGAACCGCUACAAGAUGGUGGUUUUGGAGCCACUGAACAAACUGCUUCAGCAAAAGUGGGAAACGUUUGCUUCCAAGAGAUUCUACUUCAGCUUUGUCUCCUACCUGUCAUUCAUGAUCAUCUUCACAGCCAUUGCAUACUAUCAGCCCUUAAGGGUAAAGCCUUCCUUCCCGGUGGAGUUCACAGCUGGAGGCUUCCUCUGGGUCUCUGGACUGAUCAUUAUCUUGUUAGGAGGCAUUUAUCUGAUCUUUGCUCAGAGCCUGUACCUGCGGAGGAGGCGCCAGUCCCUGAAGACCAUGUGCUCUGACAGCUGCAUCGAGAUCCUGAUCUUCAUCCAGGCGUUCUCCCUGCUGCUCUCAGCGGUCCUGUACGGAGCCAGCUCGGAGAACUACGUGGCAGUGAUGGUGUUCUCCCUGCUGCUGGGCUGGGUCAACACCCUCUACUACACCCGCGGCUUCCAGCGCACCGGCAUCUACAGCGUCAUGAUCCAGAAGACCAUCAUGAGAGACCUGCUGCGUUUCCUCCUGGUUUACAUGAUCUUCCUCUUCGGCUUUGCUGCAGGUGAGCCCUCUCUGGCUUCUGCGUGGGCUGAGCUGCUCAAAGCAUUUCCUGAGGACUCAGCUUGUGUUUUUCUGCCAGCUCUGGUGACGCUGAUGGGCGAUGCCCCCUCGGUGUCUCAGAACAAGUCCCUGGCUCACCUGGAGAGCUCAGGAAGCCACGCCAUGUACGGGGGGCUGCUCAGCGUCUCCCUGGAGCUCUUCAAGAUCACCAUCGGCAUGGGGGACCUGGAUUUCCAGGAGCACGCCAGGUUCAGGUACUUUGUCAUGCUGCUGCUGCUGCUGUUUGUGAUCCUCACCUACAUCCUGCUGCUGAACAUGCUGAUCGCCCUCAUGAGCGAGACCGUCACGGAUAUUUCUGGCUACAGCAAGAGCGUCUGGAAGCUGCAGAGGGCAAUUGCUAUUCUAGAAAUAGAGAAGGCCUGGCUGUGGCGCCAGGGUGGGAAGAGGAGAUCUGGCUGCUUCAUGUCAGUGGGGCUCAAUAAGAAAGAUGAGAGGUGGUGUUUCAGAGUAGAGGAAAUUAAAUGGGCAGAUUGGGCAAAGGAUGUGGGAGUUCUGAAGGAAGAACCUGGAAACACCAGUGAUUCAGAAAUAAAUCCAGAAGGCUGGUUCAUUCACCCUGAAAAGCCACGUCAAGGUGCAGGUGACCUCUCCUUGGGACAAUCUUUGGUUUCCCUGGUGGUGUCCAGGACUUUGCAGGAUCUCUGCAGAACGUGAUUGUGCUCUGGAAUAAUUCAUGAGAUUCUGGAGUGUUGGUCAGCAUUGCU